GCAGCAGCAGCAGCAACAACCACAGCUGUGAGGCUAGCCACAGCCCUGCCAGCUCCCGCCCAGCUCUCAUUGAGAAAAGGGGCGCAGAAGCAGACAGGAGGAGGAGGAGGAGGAGAAGCUCCUGCAAAACCCAGAGCCUCCUCCCAGCGCAGCCUCCGGCGGGAGUAGGCUUUGGACUAUUCUGACGAGGUGAUUCCUUGGGGGAGUUGCAAGCCGGAAGGAAAAAGCCCCGCAGAGACCAUCAAAGGCUGAGGGGCGCUGUAAAAGGAGCAGGAGAGUUCUUUUGCAAGGAAUCUGUCAUGCACGGAAACAUUGCAGCUUUCUGGAGAAGGUGCCAUGGUUUUACUGCCCUUUUGCUCAGAUGAAAGGAGCCAUCAAGGAUUGUCCUGAAGUGUUCCAGAGGGGAUUUUGCUCAUUAUUCCUCUCCCCCCCUAUUUGCUGACUUCCCCAAAGGAAUUUCAGUCCAGCUGAGAAGAUAGUUCUUAAUAAAACAAAACCAAACUAAACAAUUCCUGCUGAUCAAAUAAGAGGUGAAGCUUGCUUGCUGCAGUACUUUUCUGUGACAUUUUGAAAUGUCUCCAAAUUCUUAAAAAAAAAAAAAGAAAGAAAGAAAGAAAAGAAAGAGAAAAAAGAAUACCUAAAAAACUCCUUGGAUUAGAGAAAACUAAAGGAAGGAGAUUUCUUUUACCCCAGAAAUGACUCAGUGAGAAUUGGUAACUUACCCUUGAGCCAAGACCUGGAUCAUUAAAACCUUGGAGUUCUAGUAAUCAGCACUUCAAUCCUCACAAAUAAACAAACAUGCAAAGGAGUGUCUGUGGAGUUCUGCACAGAGGCAGGUUUUAAAGAAGCCUGAACAAGACUGACUGGGGUGAGAACUUGGGGCCUGUAUGAUGCCUGAAGAUCGAAAUUCUGGGGGUCGCCCCUCAGGGGCCUUAGCAUCAACUCCUUUCAUUCCUAAAACAACAUACCGAAGAAUCAAAAGGUGCUUUAGUUUUCGGAAAGGCAUAUUUGGGCAGAAACUGGAAGACACUGUCCGUUACGAGAAGAGAUAUGGGAACCGCCUGGCCCCCAUGUUGGUGGAGCAGUGCGUGGAUUUCAUCCGGCAGAGAGGGCUAAAGGAAGAAGGUCUCUUUCGACUUCCAGGUCAGGCUAAUCUUGUCAAGGAGCUCCAGGAUGCCUUUGACUGUGGAGAGAAGCCAUCAUUUGACAGCAACACUGACGUACACACCGUGGCAUCUCUUCUUAAACUCUAUCUCCGAGAACUACCAGAGCCAGUUAUUCCUUACGCCAAGUAUGAAGACUUUCUGUCAUGUGCCAAACUGCUCAGCAAAGAAGAAGAAUUGGGUGUGAUGGAAUUAGCCAAGCAAGUGAAGAGUUUGCCAGUGGUUAAUUACAACCUCCUCAAGUAUAUUUGCAGGUUCUUGGAUGAAGUACAGUCCUAUUCAGGCAUUAACAAAAUGAGUGCACAGAACUUGGCAACUGUCUUCGGUCCUAAUAUCUUACGCCCCAAGGUGGAAGAUCCACUGACCAUCAUGGAGGGUACUGUGGUGGUGCAGCAAUUGAUGUCAGUGAUGAUUAGUAAACAUGAUUGCCUUUUUCCUAAGGAUUCAGAGCUUCAAAGCAAGCCCCAGGAUGGAAUAAGUAACAAUAAUGAAAUUCAAAAGAAAGCCACCAUGAAUCAGAUGCAGAACAAGGAGAACAACAACACUAAAGAUAGCCCUGGCAGGCAGUGCUCUUGGGACAAGUCUGAGUCUCCCCAGAGAGGCAGUGUGGAUGAAGGAUCCCCCACAGCUUUGUCAGGCAGCAAAACCAACAGCCCAAGGAACAGCGUCCACAAGUUAGAUGUCUCCAGGAGCCCCCCUCUCAUGGUGAAAAAGAACCCAGCCUUCAAUAAGGGUAGCGGAAUCGUCACCAACGGGUCUUUCAGCAGCAGUAAUGCAGAAGGUCUGGAGAAAGCACAAACCACCCCGAAUGGGAGCUUACAGGCCAGAAGGAGCUCUUCGCUGAAAGGAUCUGGUACCAAAAUGGGCACCCACAGUGUCCAGAAUGGGACAGUGCGCAUGGGUAUUUUGAACACUGACACGCUUGGAAACCCCGUGAAUGGUCGUACCAUGAGCUGGCUACCCAAUGGCUAUGUCACCUUGCGGGAGAAUAAGCAGAAAGAGCAAGGUGGGGAGUCGGGCCAGCACCAUAGACUGUCCACGUACGAUAACGUCCACCAGCAAUUCUCCAUGGUGAACCUGGAUGACAAACAGAGUGUGGACAGCGCCACCUGGUCCACCUCCUCCUGUGAAAUCUCCCUCCCUGAGAAUUCCAACUCCUGUCGCUCCUCCACCACCACCUGCCCUGAGCAAGACUUUUAUGGGGGGAAUUUCGAGGAUCCUGUGUUAGAUGGGCCUCCCCAGGACGACCUUUCUCACCCCGGGGACUAUGAAAACAAAAGUGACCAUAGGAGUGUGGGAGGUCGAAGUAGCCGUGCCACCAGCAGCAGUGACAACAGUGAGACAUUUGUGGCUAACAACACGAGCAAUCACAGUGCAUUGCACAGUUUAGUUUCCAGCCUGAAACAAGAAAUGACCAAACAGAAGAUAGAGUAUGAGUCCAGGAUAAAGAGCUUAGAACAGCGCAAUUUGACUUUGGAAACAGAAAUGAUGAGCCUGCAUGAUGAACUGGAUCAAGAAAGGAAAAAGUUCACGAUGAUAGAAAUCAAAAUGCGAAAUGCUGAGCGAGCAAAAGAAGAUGCUGAGAAAAGGAAUGACAUGCUCCAGAAGGAAAUGGAGCAGUUUUUUUCCACAUUUGGAGAGCUGACAGUGGAACCUAGGAGAACCGAGAGAGGAAACACGAUAUGGAUCCAGUGAGCCUGCUUUCUCUGCCAUCCCUGACAGCUCUAAGAAGGCCUCUAGGGAUUUUGAUGGGCACCCACUUGGGACCAGGUGGCUGGUCACCUGGCUGUACAGAAUGCUAAUUGGUCAAGGAGUAUCAUUUAUAGACAUUAUCCAUACCUGCAGUGUGUACCAAAGUUAUUUCAUCCCCCCCCCCAUAAUGCUACUGUCAAGUGUUACAACUGGAUAUGUGUAUAUAGAGUAGUUUUGAAAAAGUAAACUAAAAGUAAGAAGCAUAUCUCAAGAAUUAUUUUAUUGCAAGUCUUGUAUUUAAAUGUUAAAUCAAUAUGUUGUUGCAAUUCAGCUUGCUUUCAAGCUUCACCCUUGAACUUAACAUAAGCUAUUUUUGGCAUUGUGUUAUCAUCCGCUUAUUUUAUAGAUCAAUAUUUUUUAUUUCCCCUUUUUGCUGAGGAAAUGAAGAUAAGAAAAAAAUAUAAAGAUAUAUAUAUAUAAAGAUAUAUAUAAAUGAGCUAUUAAAAUCAAAAGAAUACUCUGUGGCUGUGCUGUUUGUGCCAAUAGACCUUACGAUGACCAAAAAGAGAAAUGUAAAUGUUUUAUAAAAUAGAGCAGAAUCACCAGUAUCUGUGUUACUUACUAGUCUUUAAGUUCUUCCUUGGCCACUUCUCAGUUUUGCUUUGUGGGAGGAUUUGAUAUAGGAAUGUUGAGUCUGUGUAAGAAAGUUUUCUUCUCAAGCCUAUGUCUACCUUGCCAAAUCUCCAGAUGGGUUGUCUCCCCGGCAGGAUGCAUCAUAUAUGGGUGAAAGUGAUAAAGGGGAUUGAACCAGCUA